AUGCAGUACCUGACACUUGGUCUUGUUAAAGCUCAUACAAUCAUCCUCAGCCCACUCAUCCAGCCUGUCUGGAUCUUGAUUCAUUCUACCUGCAUCAAAAUGCCUGAGCAGCUCCAGAAACGAAAGGAGCUGUCUGGGUUUGAAGGAAGCUUUGGGUGGGUUUUGAUCAGUGGGGAGGAUCAGGCUCAAAGACAUCACUGCGGUGCUUCAGAGACAGUCAGCGGGUGCUGGAUCGCUCUGCUCGCCUCCAUUUUCCGUGCUUCCCAAGAGCCCCUGGCUGCCCUGGUGUUCUCUGGAGCAUUGGGACAAGGCUGGGACCGCGCCCGGCGUCCUGGCACGGAAACCAAGCAGACUUGUGGGGACACGUUCAGCUCAGGGCUUUGGCUUUGGGGCCGCGCCCCAGCUUGGGCACCGGCAAGCCCCUCAGGCUCUGCCUCCUCCAGGCCCCAUUUCAGUGCCUUUCCCAAGGGCGGCUCCGGGUCGAGGUUCCGCUGUAGGACAUCAGCGAAACGCUGCCCCACGGCUGCGAGGCGGCCCCGGGGGCUGAGCCGCCCGCUGAGGCCGCGCCCCACCCGGGCGCUCGCGUUGCCCCAUCGGGCCUGGGGGCUUCGCAGUCCCUCCUCGCUGGGCCGAAGCAGGUGCGAGGGCGGCGGGGAACGGGCCGGGCGGCGGAGCGAGGUGCCGGGACCUCCUCUUCCUCCUCCCCGCUCCGCUUCCUUUUAUAGCGAUGCGGCACGGCGCUCGCAGCCCGCCGCCGGCAGCCAACCUGUGGCAGUGACGCCGGCAGCCGAGGCGGAAGGCCGGGCUGCGAGCUGGGCUGCCCCGCUCCAGGAGGUCUUGGAGCUCUGCUUCCAUCACUUCAUCUGCUGCCCUUCACCGAAGGAGAGCACCUAAUAAAAGUGUUUUUUAUU